AUGGAGAAGGGACCCUUCUCGGUGGAGUGGCUGGCCCAGAGCAGCCGUGGCGGCGGAGCCCGGGAGAUGCUCGGUGAGUGCCUGCCCUGCCCUUCGGGUGCCCCCGCACGACGGGCGCGGCGCUUUCGGUGCCCGCGGGCGGGGCACGGCCGGCUCCGUGUCACCGGGAGCAGGGAAGGGUCCCCCGACAGGUCCCCCCUUCAGACGCCCCCAUCUGUCCCCGCAGAGUCGCCCCGGGACCGGGAGGCCGCGGAGCGCCGCAGCCCCGGGCACGAAGCGGGGUCGGAGGGGUCCGGGCGCUCCCGCACCAAGUUCUCGGCCGCGCAGCUGCAGGAGCUGGAGCGCAGCUUCCGCGAGCAGCGCUACAUCGGCGCCGGCGAGAAGCGGCGCUUGGCCGCCGUGCUGAACCUCUCCCAGAGCCAGAUAAAAACCUGGUUUCAGAAUCGUCGUAUGAAGUUCAAACGCCAGACUCAAGAUGCCAGGAUCGAAGCUCUUUUCUCGGGCUUGUUUUUGCCUUAUCAUUGUUACCCAGACACAGCUACAUCCAGCUUUCCUCGACAGGGUGAUGUCGAUGUCUCUGCUACCUCUGCUGUUUCCCUUCACCCAGCUAUGCCAAACCCUUCCUUGUGGUUACCUUCGGUUCCAGCUCAGUCUCCUCAGCCAGUUUUGCCAAGUCCAGCUUUACUAUUGCCUCCUGGGCCAGGAUUAUCUUGUUACUCUUCUAUGCUUCCAGCAGUGACUCUAACCACGAACAUAAAAGACUGA